AUGAGCGAUAAAGAUCGCUUUGGAAAAAAAGAUUCGCAGGGUCAUAACUCUAACGAAAAUACUACGUCAAGAAAAGAGUCAAGUAAAAAAUCAAAAAAUUCUAUUCUUGUUGAUGGUAGUGGUAGAGAAAAUGGUAAAAGUGACAAGCCAAUUCAAGGCUUAUCACCGGAAACUCAAAAACUUAUUGAAUCAAUAAGAAAUUCAAAUAGUAGUUCUAGCAGUAAAAAGAGUGUUCCCCAUUCUAUGGUAGAAGAUAUUUUAAGGGAAGCUAAAUUGAAGACUUUUCGUGGAUUAGAUAGUAGUAAUCAUGCAACAAAAUCUUCACGUGAGGAAAGUCGUAAGAAUAAUAGUUCAUCAUCAAAUUCUAAUAAUAAAAUGUAUGAAACUGGGGAGUCAAAAAAACAUGCCAAACCAUCUUCAACAAUCGCUGCUUCUAGUAAUUCUACUGGUCAAUAUGAUAAUACUUUAUCAGAGUUGGAUCAUAAUUGUAAAACAUUAAUACAACACCCAAGGCAAGAUUCAGGUUCUUUCAUGGCAGAUGAAUGGAUUGAUGAUAAAUUAAAAAGAAAUAAAGGACAGCAACAAAAAACAGAUAUUACAAAAAAUGCUGAUGUAUUACAAACAAAUCGUUCACAAUCACGGCUAUCAUUACCAACUCGUUUAGCAAGUUUAAUAGGGAUUACUACAAGCGAGUCCAUUAUUGCUGAUUCACAAAAGGAAGAUACCAAAUCUGAUUCAAAUUCCGUUACUUCUAAUACCAUUAUAACAACACAAGUAACUGACAUAAUCGAAAAUGAUUCUUCAAAAAUGAAUAAUGAAGAUUCUUCUGGACGUAUAAAUGAUAGUAAUAAUAAAUCCUCUAAUUCUUCUAAUGAGCAAAAUAAUGCAAAAGAAGGGCCUGGUAUAACAAUCGAUACUACUAUAGGACGCCCUACUCGUAAAGAACAACGUUACAUGGUAAGAUCUCCUGCUUCACCUCGUCUGACUAAGAAAAGAACAGUAUUACGUCGUGCUAAUGCGAGGCUUAUUCAAGCUCCUUCCCCUUCAAAUAAUGCAAAUGAUUAUCAACGUUCCUUAAAGUCUCCUGUUAAAACUGUAGAGAUAUCAAGUGAACUUGAUGAAAUAAAUGCUCAGUUUGAAGAAACUUUAAAUGAGAUGUCAAAGCGAUAUCAAGAUUCAACAGUUGCAAUUGCUGAAAAAUCUCAUUUAUUAAAGAGAAAUCAAGAAUUAUUACAUACACUUGCUUCCAAAGAAGUUGAAGUUGAAUAUCUUAAAAAUGAAUUAUGGGAAGCCGGAAAUAAAAUUCAAAACUAUGAAUCUGAUUUAAAAGAUAUUAUUGAACAACAAGAAGAACCUCUUGCACUUACCCAUGAAGAUUUAAUAAGAAUAGAAAGAGAAAUGGAAGACCAAGAAGUAUUAAUUAGUGGUUAUCAGAAGGAAAAUGAUAAGUUAGUUAGUGAAAUAAAAAGUAUGAAUGAACGAUUAGGGGCUUCGGAUGCAGAACAAGAAAAGCAACAUAAUAAAGUCCAUGAGUUAUAUAGUGAGAUUGAACAUUUGAAGGAAUUGUUGUAUGAGAAAGAAACUCAAGAAACAGUGCCAGAAGGAACUGUAAAACAAAUUGAGGAAAUGAAGAAAGAGAUUGAACGAUUAAAAGAGAAAGAAAAAACUUACGAAAUUAAAGAACUUGCUCUCAAAGAAAUGAAUGAAUUGAAAAAAGAAUUGAGCGAUCUCAGAGAUAGAGAAAGUGAAUAUAUGAUUAAAAUUGAUGAUGUGGAACAUCAAUUGUCCAAGGCGCGUGGAGAAAUCGUUACUGUAUCUCGAGAAAGAACAGAAUCAUUAGAGAAAAUGACAGAAGAAAUGAACAUGAUGAAAUAUACAUAUGAAUCACAAAUUGAGGGCAUUAAAAAGGAAGCAAUUUCGAAGGAAGGACGUGAAAGUCGUUUUCGUAAAUUACAGAGCGCUAUUGAAAAAAUUGAAACAAAAUAUGGUUCAAAUCCAGAAAUCACACAGAUUUGUACUGAUUUACGAAGGACUAAUUUACUUCUUACUAAGAGACGCAAGUCUACUGCUGACGUUUCAAAAUUUAACAAAGAAACAAGUUCACCACGUUCUCCUACCACGAAAACUCUCAAAAGAACCACUUCACAAUCUUCUUUAGGCGGAAUGUCGCGUGCCAGUACCGUUACUCGUACAGUAAGUCCCACACCUUCGGUUUUAUCCAAUAUAAGUGCUUUGAGCGGUAAGGAUGAUCUUCUAGAUUUACAAGAAGAUGAUCUACUUGAUAUUUCUAGCGAAGAAUUUGCUGAAAUGAAAGUUAAACUCAUGAAAUUGGAAGAAGAAAAUAAAUCUUCACAUAAUGCCGAGCGAAAAGAAAAAUAUGAUCAAAAAAUGCGUGAAAUGGAAGAACUUUUAUUGGAACUUCCUGCUGAUUCAACUGAAAACAGUUCCGCAAAUAUCAUUAACAAUCCGCCUCAACCUGUAAUGGCUUCACCAAAUUUAUUAAAGGAGUUGGAUACUAAACAAAAUAUUAUUGAAGAAUUGGUGGAUAAAUUAAAGAGAAAGGAAGAACAAUUAGAAUAUUAUCAAAAUGCUUACCUUGAAAAAACUGAAGAAUGUGAAAAUUAUGUUGAGAAGAUUAAUAACGCAAAUCAAACGGCUGUAAAUGGUGGUGCAGUUGUCAAUACAGGAGACGCUAUUGGAUCUAGUGGGAAUACUCCAAGCCUCGGUAAUUGUAAUGCUAUAAAGUAUAUUAAUGAUGCUUUACCUUUUGAUAAAGAAAUUGGUGAUAUUUCUUCCUUACCUAUAACUAGUGAUAUUAUGGGACUUUUUGGAGAUCUCGAUGACAACCAAGAAAUAUCGGACAUCGAAAAACUUAUUGCUCAACUUGAACGUACUAUUAAGGAAAGGGACAUGCAACUUGAAGCUGCUCAUCAACGAACUACUGACGCCGAAUCUAAACUAUUAGCUAUUACUCGAGAAAAAAUUCAAUGGGGUAGCGGAUACGAUACUACUGUCAAACAACUAAAAACACAAGUUGAGCAUUUGCGAGAGUUAUUACAAAUGGAACGGAAAGAAUCUCGAAGAGCAAAUAUGAAUGAACCAACUUCUGAUAGUGAUACGACAAAACCAUUAUCGAAUGAAUCGAAAAGUGUACCAAUUUCUUCGAAUAAUUCGAAUUUAAUGCCAGCUUCAACAGCUGAAAUUCAAAAACUUCGAAGUCAAAUUGAAUCGCUUACCGCUGAAAAUAUUACAUUAAAAGCUCAAUUGGCUACAUCUGAAGCUGUUCGACAAGCAGUUCAUGAGAAUACAUUGACACUUCUACAACAAUCCACUAAAAAUAGUCUUGCUGCUGAUGAAGAUGUGGCAGGAUUAAGAAAAUUAACGGUGGAAAAAGAGGCAGAAAUCAGUGUUUUGAAAGGAAGAUGCGUUGGUCUAGAAAAUGUUCUUGAACGUCAACGUGAGUUGCUUACACUUGUUGUACCUUCCCUACCAGGUAAUGUAUUCCACGGUACGAAAGAACUCGUAAAUGGAAAGACACGUGAUAUAACAAAACUUGUUGAUAAUGAUGGAAUUGAUUCUAAAGUAAUUGAAGGUUUGAGUGAAACUGCAAAACAACUUAUUCGACAGCUUCAGGAGGAAAAUGUAAUAUUGCGACAAACCAAUAUUGCUCGUCAACAAACAAUAAUUAAAAAGGUUGACAUGGUUUAUAAUGCGCCACCACAAUAUAAACCUCCAUUGGCACAAUUUUCAUCUGAUGUCGCUCCUGCUACAACAGUACAGCUUGAUGCGCUAGCAAAACAAAUUUCCGAGAUUGAAGCACGCUUCAUGAAACGAGAAAAAGAAUUACAGGACAUAAUUGUAGAGACAAAACGUCAAGGUGAAUUGCAACUUGAGAGAUGGAAAGCAAAGUGGGGAGUAUUAAUCGAUAAAAAAAAUUCUGAAAUCAGAGGUUUUAGAAAUGAAUUAGAAGCUUUAAUGAGAUGUUUGGGAAAAUUGGACUCUGUAAAUGUUAAUGGUACUGACGAUGGUGUUAUAUAA